UUUGGUGCUGUAGUUGCCACAAUUGCAAAAAGAUACCUCAUUAAGCAUGGUUAAAGUGAAGAGGCUGUCUCUAGUGUAUUCCCCUACUCAACUGAGCACAUCCCAGUGUGAAAAAAAACAGUCAUUGAUUUUAAUGGUGUUAUUGCUUCUUUUUUUUUUUUUUCAUCUGCUCUUACUCUCUUUAUGGGUUUCACAUUUUGUGUUUUAGAUUUGUCUUUUCCAGUGCUAGAAUUCAUUUUUGAUGAUCUUUUAAUCUUCUCUGGUUGGAAGAAAAUUUAGGCUGUGGUUCUUAGAUGCAAGAAAUUUUGGUUUUUGGUUUUUGAUUUUUUUUCUUUUCUUUUUUUUUUGUUUAAUAUCCUUUUUUUAGGUAUCUUUAUUUGGUUCAGCUAUAUGAUGUCUACCUUUUUGAUGUUGCAAUGAAAUGGUAGAGUUGUUGCUUUUAUUUUCUUUUUGUUUGAUUAAGAGGUGACAGUGAGAUUGAUUAACUGAAAAGGUAUGUUUUUUGUGUUUUCUAUUUUUCCCUUUUUACUUUUGUUUAAACUUUAAAAUUUGGUUGUUUUAUGAUUGGUUUUCAACUGGUUUCUUAUUAAACUGAUUUUGCAUAUAGAUGGUUGAAUUUUGUGAAUUCAUAUGAUAGUAGAGUUAUUUGGUUUCUAAAUUUAAAAUUGGUGGCCUUUUUUAAUGGAAUAAUUAGAAAUGGACACAUGGGUUUUUCAAAAUUUUUUCUUUUUUCUUUUGAAUGUAGAAUGAAUCAAGGGUUCUUUUGUAGCAUUUGAAUACUAUAUUUGGUCUGUCACUUAACAUUAUGUUGUAUCUUAUGUUCUUAUGUUCUAGGAAGUGGGAAUAAUUUGUUGAUGUCUUGUUUGUGGAUUUUUCUAAAUGUAGUCAAAAAAAUUUCUACCAUUUACAAUGGUUACAAAAAUUAAAUUGUUUUUGAGGGAUGCUAUGGUAUGUAUGUGGUUCCUUGAGGUUUGUAAUAGCAAUAAUUGCUGUUUUGCAGGAUACCAAUUCCAGCUAGGAAGUGAAAACGAUUUGUUUAUGUAUGUUUACAAUGCUGUUUUGCAUGUAUGUGGUUUUCAAACUUCGACACUACUAGGAAGUGAAAACGAUUUGUUGGAUUUUGGGUGCUAUGGUGUGUAUGUGGUUAUCUAGAUUUUUGUUUAUAUAUGUAUUCUACUGCCAUGCAAAAGGAAUGAGAGAUCCCUUUGUCUAUGUAUGUAGCUAUUGCCAUUCACAAAGCUCUUGAAGGAAUUGAAACACAAUUGGCAAAAAUUGUGUCGCUUUCCAUCAUCAAAUCGAAUAUAGCAAAUUACCUUUUUGUAUUACUUGUCAUACAUUGUUAAGUUUGUAAAUGUCUACUAUAGCUAGAUAUGUUUAAGUCAUAAAGUUGCACUUUAAUACUCAGUUCUUGAAGGGAUUUGUAAUGAUGUAUUUUUUUAAUUGUCUCAUUUUCUAUAUUAGCACUCUUUAAAACUCAAGUUAUUAUAAUUUUAUAUUAAUUAUCAUUAUGUUUAGAUUAUAAAUUUUAAUUCUUUGACAACUCCCGCAGUCUAACGCAGGUUUUUACACUAGUUUUAUGCUAAGAUCUUCACUUUAUCUUUUCCUUUUUUUUUUUUAAUUUCUAAAUUGAUAUGUAAACAAACAAAUAUGCUUUAAUUUCGCAAAAUGUAUCUCAAUCAGGGACAAACCCCCACGUCGAGGAAUUUUGAAUCAAGUGGAGUUUUAGAAGUUGGAUUUUGGAGGUUUUUGCAGGUUUCGGCUCUACUGAUUAGAAAUUAAAACUCCAAACUCCAGAGAAAAAAGAAGUCCACGGAAUCUACUGUCAGUGCCUUUCACGCGCUAAUGAUAUGGGCAGCGCGUGAAACUCACCAACCGAGGUCCCUACAAGGAGCCUAACCAUAAACUAAAGGAAUAAAGCUCGAAGCUGAUGAUACUCAAAGAAACAAAGGAACAGGACUGAAAGAGAAAGAGAAAGAGAUGGAGAUACAGCACUCAUGGAGACUAUAUUAUCUUUCAAGAGUGCGACCAUAGCUUUGAAUAUAUUCAAUGUCUUAGCUGCUCUCUUCUUACUUCAAUGGAUUCUUUCUUCUGCUUCUUCUCGUACCAAACUCUCCUCAAACCAACCCAAUUCAGUUGACUUCAAUUAUAUUAAGGAAUCUGAAGAGAUACGCCUUGCUAUGCAACCUUUGGAACUGAUAAAAAGAGUGAAGGAGAUUCAGCAAGAGGCAUAUGCAGAACCAGAAACGAUCCAACCAAAUGACGCAAAACAGACUGCUGCAGUUGAUCUUUCUAAAAGAUUAAAGGAUUUCCGUUCUAUAAAUGAUGCUGCCAGCUUGAAAGCUCUAGAAGAAUGGCGAAAAAGGAAGAUGGAGCGAGCUAGACAGAGGGAGCUGGAGAAAAAUGGAACAGUCACCUCUCAAGCUUAACCCCCAUUCAUGUGUAAAAUUUGGGGUUGGAUUCAUCAAUUAUAGGCAAAUUGAUAUAGUUAUAAGAGAACUACUCCUAUACAAGUAGAUAUAUUCAACUGUUUUAUGAAACACCAUUGAACUAAUCAAGACUGUGACUAGUGCUUCAGGAGAUGGUGAUAGUGCGUCUGGUUCUCA